CCACACCACAGGCUGCUCCAGCCUCCAGUCCCCGGCAGCUGCGUCCCCGCCCGCCCAGGGUUCAAACGACUUUCAAACUCGGUGGCUGAAUCUCCCUGCGGCUUCCUGAGGGGGCUGGACCCAGCAUCCCCUUUCUCCCCUCCUCCCCCCGGGACUGUAGGAGCGAAGGAAGGGCAGCAAGGCCCAGGGGGACCCGCCUGCUGGGUUUGUUUCUCACUUGGGUCUGGCCCCCCCUGAUUUUUCAGUGGGCCUGCAGCCCCCGGCCUGAAAAAGGUUCCCCCCCCCCGUGUCGCUUUCCCCCUGGGGUCUGGAACCGUCGUCCGUGGAGCGUUUCCUUUUCCUUUCCCACCAGAACACAGGUCAGCGAUGUGCCCUAGAGCGGAGACUCUGACCCCAGAGGCGCCAUGGGACACCCCUCCCCUCGGCCGCUCAAUAAACGGCUGCUCCUAGUGUUACCUUUGUACCCGCGCUCGGCCUGCGCCUUCCUGCUGCUGCUCCCCACCGCCGGUCGCCAUCUCAGCCGGGGCAGAAUGCCCUGGGAAGGGGGGCAGGUCUGGACACUCACGCGGGGACCUUGACCCAGCGACGAUGACGGGGAAGGAUCCCACAUCCCCCCCUGGCUCCACGCUGCCCGGGUACCUCACGCUCUGCCUCCUGCUGUGGGCUCCCAGGCUGGCCCCAGCACAGUUCACAGUGACGGGACCUGAGCGCCCCAUCUCCGCCGCCCUGGGUGGGGAGGCCGUCCUGUCCUGCCACCUCUCCCCCCGGAUGAGCGCCGAGAGCAUGGAGGUGAGAUGGUCCCGAUCCCGGUUCUCUGCAGUUGUGCAUGUGUACCGCGACGGGCAGGACCAGUUCGGAGAGCAGAUGCCGGAGUACCGAGGGAGAACGGAGCUCUUGAAACACAACAUCACCGACAGGAAAGUUUCCCUGAGAAUACGCGAUGUCCGGCCCUCCGACGAGGGGCAGUACAAGUGUUUGUUCCAGUCUGGUGUCUUUUAUGAGGAAGCUUCAUUGGAACUGCAGGUGGCAGGGCUGGGCUCUGUUCCUGACAUCGCGGUGGAGGGACAUCAGGACAGAAGGAUCCGGCUGGUGUGUCGAUCGUCUGGAUGGUUCCCCAAGCCCCAGGCUGAGUGGAGAGAUCAACAGGGGCAGCGCCUGCCAUCAGCCUCGGAAAGCAGCUCCCAGGAGGCGGGGGGCCUGUUUGGGACAGAGAUUGCCAUCGUUCUAACGGAACGGUCCAGCCGGAAAGUGUCCUGCCGGGUCCGGAACCCCCGUCUCAACCAGGAGAGAGAAUCGGCGGUUUCCAUAGCAGAACAGUUUUUCUCGAGGGACAAGCCGUGGAUAGUGGCCAUGGGGGUGACCCUGACUCUCCUGGCUGGUCUCAUCCCUCUGGGCAGUUACUGCUUCGCUAGGCACUACGAAGCAAAAGACGAAGUGGAGGCGGAGCUCGACGAACUCCAGGAGGAGAACGGUAAGUUCCCUCUCUCCUUCUCCCUGCCCCGUACAGCCCCUGUGUGACUGUAAAUGUCAAAGAGGAAAAAUUAUCCCCAACUAGACAUACAAUAGGAUGGGGGCUAACUUA